AUGCCAAAAUGGAUGCUACUGACCAGGAAGGAGAUGACAACUUCUGCAAACGACUCGACUAUGUCUAUGAGAGGUUCAAAGAAAGUAAGUUUUAAGACCCCUUUGUCCUCCUUCAUACCCUCUACUCUUUCCUCCCCGCACUGUGGAGCCAAUCCCGCUGACUUAUACCCCUUCCUCUGUUCCUCCUGCAUAGCAUUGCCCCAAGACGCAGCCUGGUGGAAGUCGACCCUCGUGAGCGUAUGUAUGAUGAGAGCGUCAGAAUGGGUGUCCAAUCCUCCUCCCACACCACUCCUUCAUGCGACACUGGAACGCCGGAAGGCCCUUCUAAAGGCGUAUGGAGACGAACUGCUAGCGAGCCAGCCAUUCCAGCUCUUAUUCCGAGGCUCACUGAGCGAGGAAGAUCAGGCCAUACGCGAAGAAAGAACUCGCGAAGUCCUAGAGGAAGCUGCCCAUCAGUUCACCAGUCUCCAAGGCGAUAUGUUUGGCAAUCUUGUAGUUGAACUACUGCCUGAGCUUCCGACCUUUGAUCGCCAUGCCAAAAACAUGGAUCAUCAUAUCCUUCACGUCGGCUUCAUGCCUCACCACGGUGCUCGGGUUCUAAUCGUGACACGCCCGCACUACAGCUAUCAUGGCAUUGUAGCGACCAAUGGUUGGCAAUCUCGGCCUCCUCUCCAGAUCGUUACCGCGAGGGUUCUGACGGCGCCUAAGGGGCCCAAAGCUCGGGCUCGAUGGGCUGCUGCUGGCGAUAAGCCCAUUUACGUCGUGCAGGGUCACACCAAUACCGCAGAGAAGGAGGGAGUGAACCAAGAGGAAGCUGUUGAUGAGGGUAGUGAUGGUGAAUACAAGCCACGGAAGUUGCGGAGGACAUAUUUGCGGGGGGCUGAAGAUGAAUGA